CUUUUUCAUUUAACUAAGACGUUCAUUCGGAUCAGGUCGUUAGUACCUAUCUGAAAUUCAAACAAGCAAGUGAUAAUCAACUGAAAUGAAAUUGUUAGUGGCGUUCACGAUAUUGCUAUUGGCAGCUUUUAUUGUUCCGAGUCGUGCAGAUUCGACCCCAGAUUGCGCUAAGGACGAAGUUUACAAAACUUGCGGUCGUAUAGGAUGCCAACCCACUUGCGCCAUGACAUUGAAAGGCACAAAAUGUAUCGGGAUCAGUAGAAGGUGUGGCCACGGCUGCUAUUGUAAGGACGGUUAUGUACGAUUAUCAAGCCAGGGCGGAAGAUGUGUCCCUAUUGCUGAUUGUGCUCAAUAUGCUGCCCAAUCGCCAGCUGAUUCCUCUAGUUAGACAGUUGCUUAUAGAUUUUGGAAAUAAAAACUCGGAAAGUGGGUGGGGGUGUUAAUGCUA